UAUUCCCGUCCCUUCUUUUUCCAGCCACAGUUCCUCUCAGUCAGCCCCGCACACAGAGCCUCCUCCCCGGCCUCCCCGCCAUGCCCCUGUGGUAGCUGCACGUUUCCACAUUAGCGCUGUAUAACGGACACACUCUGCCUCCGCAUCCCGCUCUGCUAACGACACUCCCGGGCGUCCGACACCGGCUCCUCCACGAGGGAAGAGAAAAGGCGCCUCAGGGGGCUUCAGUGCGGAGAGGAAAGACAGAAAGAAGCGAGAGAGACAGAGAGAGAGAGAGAGAGAGAGAGAGAGGAGGGGAGCUGGAGAAGAAGUGGACCGAGCUGAGUCGGGCGUGGUAGCGAAGGAAAAGCUCUUCUGUGUCAGCUAAAGUUUCAAAAGAAGCAGCAUCCACGAUGUCUCUGUCGGUGCCGCAGAACGGAGUGAAGGCGGACAACGAGCCCGUUAUCGAGCUCUUCGUGAAGGCGGGAAGUGAUGGAGAGAGCAUCGGGAACUGCCCCUUCUCCCAGAGGCUCUUCAUGAUCCUGUGGCUGAAAGGAGUCGUCUUCAAUGUCACCACAGUAGAUCUCAAGAGGAAGCCAGCAGACCUCCAGAAUCUGGCCCCCGGCACACACCCGCCCUUCAUCACCUACAACGGCGAGGUCAAAACGGACAUCAACAAGAUUGAGGAGUUCCUGGAGGAUGUCCUCUGUCCACCCAAGUACAUCAAGCUUAGUGCAAGACACCCUGAGUCGAACACAGCUGGUAUGGACAUCUUUGCCAAGUUUUCAGCUUACAUCAAGAACUCAAAGCCAGAUGCAAAUGAGGCUCUGGAGCGCGGGGUAAUGAAGAUGCUGCAGAAGCUGGAUGAGUACCUCCGAUCACCACUGCCCGAUGAGAUCGACCACAACAGCAUCGAGGACAUCAAGGUCUCCAGCCGCAAGUUCUUGGACGGCGAUGAAAUGACUCUGGCCGACUGCAACCUGCUGCCAAAGCUGCACAUAGUGAAGGUGGUGGCCCAGAAGUACAGAGGCUUCGACAUUCCCAAAGAGAUGACGGCCAUCUGGAAGUAUCUGAACAUCGCCUACACCCGCGAGGAGUUCACCAACACCUGCCCCAGCGACAAGGAGAUCGAGAUUGCCUACGGAGACGUAGCCAAGAGGCUGGUGAAAUGAGCCUGUGUGUCCUGCCCUCCUCCUUCCCUCCCUCCAAAGCCCAGUAACCACCAUCCUCUUCACACUCCCCUGCACCGGGACUGAUGUGCUCAUUCACGGGAAAGAAAAAAAAACGAACUCUGGACUUCUUUUCCUUCUCUUCUUCAUUCAUAGCGAAUUUAUGAACCCUUCAUCUCUGUCGCUCCGCCUCUCUGCCUUCCCCUCAGAUUUUGAUGAUCUCUUUAUUCGGUACUGCAAAGGUCAGAGUUGUUCCAAUGUUUUCCACCGGAAGAGAGCAGCCCAGAUGUGUAUGAGUGCUUAUCGAUGUCGGGAGCCUCAUCACACACACUCCCUGAUAAGUGACCUUCAAGCUGACCUUCUCUCUGUGUUGAUGGGGAAAGUUCACAAGCCGUUGUUUGUUUUUCUGUUUGUUUAAUAUUGAAGAUGCUCUUUUUCUAGGUUUGGUAUAAGAAUGAAACACUGAGAAGCUGUUUAUUUUUGUUUCCUUUCUUUUGGCUUAUUAAGAGGCGUUGUAAACAGUGUUGAAGCUUUUUUUUUUGUUUUUGUUGCUCAAGUAUUUGACAGGUUUAAGUUGAAGGGAAUCCAAACCUGAGUGGUUGACAUAUCAAGGAAGAGAUGCUUUAUUUUAUUGUUGAGCUUGUUUCAAAAUAAAUAAUUGUAAGCACAGGUAAAGCUA